AUGGCUUACAAUCCGUACGGAAAUAACCCCUAUGGCGCGCCUCCUGCCUAUGGAGGAUAUCCCGGAUCUCACAAUGCCCCCCCAGGCAUGGCCCCUCCACCUGGUCUAGGACCUCCUCCAGGCAUGUCUUCUGCUCCGGGAAUGGCACCUCCGGGUGUCCAGCAGUCUAGCGCCACGCAAGCUAAUCGUCCAAGCGGCCUCCCGCCCAACUUCCAAGCGCCGGCCAACAUGCCCAACAUUAACUUCAACGCCCCCGUGAUUCGACUCGGUACAUCGGCCGGCAAGCCUGGCACGCCGACAGCGGGCGGCAGAGGCGACAUGCCCGGUCCUGGUGCUGGUGGGCGACCCGGCUUGGGGAUGGAAAGGGGGGCUGACCAGGGCCGAGGAGCGAGGGAGGCGCCGCAGGUGCUUGUGCCCCCGACGAACGAGGAGAAGCUACGGACGAUCUUUAUACAUCAGAUUCCCGACGGUGUAGGCGGUGAUCAGGGUAUGGAGCGGUUGCUUGGGGCUGUUGGAAAGCUGCGCAAGUGGGAUUCUGCGGCUAGCGUGACGGAUGACCACAAGGGCGUCAAGUUUGGAUUCGCCUUGUUCGAGGACCCUUGGUCGCUUUCGACUGCGAUCAAGCUUCUGCACGAGAACGAGGUGGAGGUCCCUGUGAAGCGACAGCAGGCGACAGCAGAAGCUCUCAAGGAUGACUCUUACGAGGGCAUUGAGAAGGUUAAGCUUCAGGUGGCUGUCGACGAGAGCUCUCUCAAGUAUAUCGAAUCAUACGAGGAGAGUCAAGAUGGUUCUCUCGGAACAGAGAAGCUAGAGGCAGCUAAGGCGGCACUCAAAGAGGUCAUCCACGACAUGUUUUACCCCAACAGCAACACAUCGAGCGAAUCCCAGGACAUCACGAUGGGCAACACCGAGUCUGGCGACAACGUUGAAGUCGUAAAUAUCCCUCUCGCGCAGGACGAUGAGCUUGCGGACAUUCCGGCUGAGAUGCGAGAAGUCGUGGCUCAGGAGAUUGCGGCAUUCCGCGAGCGUAGUAAUCAGCGGGAUCUGGAGCGUCUGAGAAGAGAGGAGGAGAUGGAGGAGAUGGAGAGACGACGAAACGGACCUUCUCGGCCAUCUCGACUUGACUCGCCACCUGCGAGCGCCAACAACAUUCCCCUUGGUCCUCGUGGAAGCAUCCCGAAUGCACCUUCAGGGCCCAAGGGACAGAACGGACAGGGUCGCAUUGCUUUUGUCAAUGGUGGCAUCUCCAACACAGACCUGUCGAUCAACCAGGAAGACGAGGAUACAGACGCUAGUGACGCAGAGCUGAAUCGCCGUCAACAGUCCAAGAAGCAGGCCGAAGAGGAAAAGGCAUACCUCGAAGCCGAGCGGAAGUGGAGCAACCGAGAACGAUCGAGACAAGCAGCAAUAGAACGAGAGCGAGAGCGCGAACGCCAGGACGCUGAGUCUCUGGAACGGAGAAAGGAGGAGCAGCUUGAGAGGGAGAAGUCCUGGGACGAUGAGAAGGAGGCAAGCCGUAAGGCGCACUCUUACUACCGAGAUCACAGUGGAUGGGCCCGUAAGAGGUCAGGCGAUCGAGCAGAUGAGGAGGGACGAGAUGAAGCGGACAGGAGAGCAGAGCAUGAUGAGCAACGUCGUGAGAAGGUCGAGAUGGAGAGAGCACGUGGCAUGGCAGAUUCAUUCCUCGACAAGCAGGCCGAGGAGAUGGAGCAGCGACAAGCUCCCUCGGUGGCAGCACCUCAGCCGUUCAAGCUGUCCCUUGGUGCCGCAGCUCAGAAGGCUCAGGCAUCCAGGGCGGCUCCUCAACGGCGCACCAUCGCCGAGGUGGAGGGUCUUUUGGACGACGAGGAGGGUGACGAGUCGACUAAGCGACAGCUGAUCCCGAUCCAGUUCGAACCCACGUCCGCGACAGCUUCAAUGACGGAGGAGGAGAUCUCGCAGGCUGUUCGGGCUCUUGCGCAGGAGAUUCCCUCGGAUAAGGAAGGCCUGUGGAGCUGGGAGGUCAAGUGGGAUUACAUGGACGAGGGCAUCGUGCGGGAUAAGCUCCGGCCGUUUGUGGAGAAGAAGAUUGUCGAGUAUCUUGGCGUGCAGGAGGAGAUGCUCGUCGAGGCUGUGGAGGAGCAUCUCCGAGCUCACGGGACUGCGACGGCAUUGGUGGAGGAACUGGAGGGAGCACUCGACGAUGAGGCAGAGGAUCUUGUCAAGAAGCUCUGGCGCAUGGUCAUCUUCUUUACUGAGAGCGAGAAGCGAGGACUGCCAGGAUGA